UUGAACUGCUUCGGCUCCCGUAAUUCCCCUCCAGCUUCCUACAAUACUGUGGAGAGGCUUGUCGAAUGACGGCCUAGAUAUGGAAUGGUCGUUUUGGGCAAAGCUGGGUGUCUCAGUCCUCUUUUUCCCUUUGCUGAUUCUUUUCGUCCUGCGGUUGGUGAAGCGACGUCCUGUCACUCCUAAUGCUGAUGUCAAACUCCUGGUGGUUGCCGGUUCUGGAGGACAUACAACAGAAAUCUUAAGGCUGCUUAAUAGCCUCUCCAAGAAAUACUGUCCCAGGCACUAUGUUUUGGCUGAUUCAGAUAAGAUGAGUGAAGAAAAAAUCCGUUCUUUUGAACAAAAAAGAGCUGCAAAAUACCCCGAUUCCUCGGAAUUACAGUUUGCCCUCCAUCGCAUUCCCAGAAGUCGAGAGGUCCGUCAGUCCUGGAGCUCUUCACUGCUAACCACCAUUCGUUCCUUAUUUUAUUCUCUUCCUUUGGCCUUCAGGCUCAACCCAGAUGUGGUGCUGUGCAAUGGCCCAGGAACGUGUGUUCCCAUAUGUCUAUCUGCCUUAUUACUCAAAAUACUGGGACUAAAGAAAAUAACCAUUGUGUACGUCGAGAGCAUCUGCCGUGUUGAAAACCUAUCUCUGUCCGGAAAAAUUCUUUACCACUUUUCAGAUUACUUCAUUGUCCAGUGGCCUGCUCUAAAAGAAAAAUAUCCUAAAUCUCUCUAUUUUGGGAGAAUAGUGUGACAUGCUGCGGACAAAUAUAACUAAUUCCAGUAUGACCAC